GUUUUACGGUCGAGUUCCCCUAAUGCUGAAAUGUUUUCCUGCCAUCCCUUCUCUGAAGAAUGCACAAAGGCUUUGAACCAAGUUGUGGCUUACCACCUGCACACCUCCCAUGUGUAUUUUGCAAUGGCCCACAGUUUCAUGACUGGCAAGAAGGAGACUUUUCCUUUUGUCCAGCACUUUGAAACCCUGGCUGAUUCAAGGAGGGAAUAUGCAAAUAGAUUCCUAAACCAUCUAUGGACCCGUAACAAAAAGAUCUGCCCUCCUCCAACGUAUGAGAAGGUUGAUAUGAAGGAAAUAACUACACCUAAAAGUGCCUUACUAAUGGCCCAGAAUAUGGAAGAGACAUUAACCAAAAUCCUGCUAGCCCUAAAGGCUGCUGCACGUCGUGAAUCAGAUCUCUUAAAAUUUUUAACAUCGGUCCUCUGUAAACAAAGAGAGUUUAAAGAGUAUCUGGAAAGUCAACUUUCUCCUCCGCAAAAAGGUAAAAGAAAGAAUGAGAAGGAAGCCCAGACUGAACAACCUUCUACUUCAUCGGGUGUAAAAGGGUACCUCAGUAGCAAAAGAAGCAAGCCUGGAGAUCAUAAAGCCACCACCACCUCCAAUUGCUGAAGACUGCUUUCUUUUUCAUUUUCCUAAUGCUCAAUGUUUAGAUAAAAAAAAUAAAUCUGUUUUGCAUC